AUGGAUGAUUAUGAACAACUAAGUCAAAGUGACAAUGAAGAGAUAGACAAUUUAAUUCCAAAAGUCUAUAUCACUUAUAAACGUCGAUGGUUUUAUCUAUUUGUUGUUUGUUUAGCACAAAUAUCCAAUGCUUUCAUUUGGAUUAAUUUUUCACCUAUUGCAAAUUUAGGUGUAGAGUAUUAUAAGGUUAGUUAUAAUGCAAUUAAUUGGCUUAGUUUAAUGUAUAUGAUUGUAACAAUACCAUUUACAUUACCAUCAACUUGGUUAAUUGAUAAACUUGGUGUUCGUGCUGGGAUGUAUAUUGGUGUUUGGAUGAAUGCUAUUGGAAGUAUUAUUCGAUGUUUUAGUACCUUGACAGUAAUUGAUGCACAAGGACGAUUUGUAAUACUGAUGAUUGGACAAUUUUUAUGUGCAUUAGCACAAACAUUUAUUCUAUUUAUUCCAACGAAAUUUAGUUUUAUAUGGUUUUCUGAAAAACAACGUUCAUUAGCUAAUUCAAUUGCUAUUGGAAGUAACUUUUUUGGUAUUCUUAUCGGUAGUAUUCUUUCACCAAUUAUCGUACCCGAUAUGAGCAAAAUUCCAUUAUUGUUAUAUUUAAGUGUAAUACCGGCUAUAUUAGCUGGUAUACUUUGUCUUGGAAUUCGAUCAUCACAACCACCUACACCAUCAUGUAAAGCAGUUGUUCAUACACAACAACCAUUUAUAUUAUCAUUAAAAAGACUUUAUCGAUCAAAAUCUUAUGUUGUUUUAUUUAUUGGUUGUGGAAUUGCAAUUGGAUGUUUUAAUGCACUUUCAACAUUGGUUCAACAAAUGAUGUGUCCAUUUGGUUAUGAUAAUGUAACUGUUGGAAUUUGUUUAGGAUGGUUUAUUGGAGCAGGAAGUUUAGGUUCAUUAAUAUCUGGUUAUUUUGCUGAUAAAACUGGAAAAUUAGAAGAAAUUUCGAAAAUAUUAUAUACAGCAAGUUCAGUUGCUUAUAUUAUUCUUGGUUUGUUUAUUAUUAAUCGAGUAUGGAGAUAUUUAGUUUAUUUUGCAUUUGCUUUUGUUGGUUUUGUAUCAAUACCUUUAUCACCUAUAUCAAUGGAUCUAAGUCUUGAAUGUGUCUAUCCUAUACCGGAAGCAACUGCUAUUGGAAUUAAUGUGAUGUCUAGUCAAAUUAUGGGAAUUCUGAUGGUGGUUAUUUUUCCAAAACUUGGUCGUCAACUUAAUGAGUAUGAAAUGUUAAUUGAAACAUGUUCAAAAGAUAUGAAAGAUAAAAUAGCAAUAUUAAAUUAUUCAAUUCCUCUUUAUACAAUGGCAUUUAUAAUGGUUAUCGUAACACUUUUUUAUUUUGCUUCUUUUAAAUGCAAAUAUAAACGACGACGUCAACAUUAA